AUGGCUUCAACUAAUCCAGAACCAGCUCCAGAAUGGAUGUUACCUGAAUUCGAUCCAUCUCUCGUUAAAGUCUCUGAAUUGAGAUCGAUCUUACUACAAAAUGAUAUUCCUCAUUCUUACACUAAAAAAUCAGAUCUCAUUCAGUUAUUUGAACGGGAGGUCAGACCCUUGACACCUAAACUACUUCGUGAUCAUCGGAACGUUCGUCCAUCUUCUCGUGGAGUCAUUGAUAUGCGCUCUACUCAAGUACAGGAAUAUCAAGACUCUCAACCUAAAAAAACUCCACGAAAAAAAGCAUCCUCAAUCAAUCUAACAGAUCAAGAAUCAGUUACUUCUACUCGAACUCAACCUAAACAAUCCAAAAAAUCACUCCUGAGACCAACUGAGUCAGAAGACUUGGGUACUGACGCUGACGCUGAAACCACUCCAAAUUCUCGAGCUUCAACCCGAACAGUUGAGUCCAAAAAGGCCUCAAAAAACCGUUCAACAAUCCCCACUCCAUCUUCCUCAAAACGUUCUACUAAAAGAAAAAUCGAUAUCGCUGAAGAGGAAGAAGAAAUUGAUCAACUAGCACGAGACGAAAUCGUAUAUCUAGAUCCCCCAUACAAGAUGAACACCGAACAGACCAUUGAAUUCGCACGUCAAUCUGAUUCUUCAAGGAACCAAACUAGUUUGCCUGUCCCUGUUAAACGUCGUAAAUCCGAUUUUCCAAUUCAAGCUUCUACAAUCCAAACCCCACCAGAGGAAGUUAGUGUAAAAAAGAAGACGACAAAACCUAAGAACAGACGGACCACUUUACAUGAGGUCAUUGAAGCUGGCGAGGGCAACUAUUCUGACUAUAAUCCGUUUCAAAGCGGUGCUGAUGAAGCCCCCGGUAGUAGUGGUAAGAAGCCCAAGUCUUCGAAAUCCAAGGCAUCUGUACCUGCACCUCUCAAUGUUGCGCCGCACCCAUCCAGGUCUAGUACCACCUCAAACAUCCCUAGAUUAGCUUCUCCUGGCAAGCAAGAACGAAUUAACACCCGAGUCUCCAUGCAUCAUCUGCCUCAGGGACCUCCUGAUCUCUCGACUGGACACCCAAUCCAGCAGCAACCAUCCUUUUUACCCAAGUCAGCCACUACCUCCAACCUUCGGGCUAGCUAUACACCUCAACAAGGUCAUGGACGCAAGAGUGUUCCAAUAUCAUCGAUGGCCCGGCCAACUGAAAGGUUCUAUGAGCCAUCACCGAAUGUCGAUACACCAGAGCAAAUUGUACGACAACUCGUCCCAGGUCGUAAAUCUCAGCGAUUUGAACCACGCCUUCCAUCAGCUUCCCGUCCUGAGUUCGAUCAAAAGGUUGAAGAUGAUUAUGGAAAUGGUUCAGAUGAUCGACACACACAUUUUGAGGAUCAAGCUUAUCGAAUUAAGACGAACUCACGUCGACAAUCUCAAUUACCUCCUCGAAGCCCAUACCCCAUCAAACCUAGCCUACCCGGCAAUACUUCUACCACCACACCUGCGCGUCAACAAUUCCCUCGGAUCCGACUUGAUGAACUGGUUCAUACCCCAAGUGAAAAGAAAUUGAAGAUCAAUCGACAAGCGCGUCAGAAGCCAAGCACAGGUUUACUCUUCAAUCCUGGUCAAGGUUUGAGCUUCUUACUCAAGUUGAGCUGUGUAGCUGGUAUCCUAGCUAUUUUGAAUUGGUACCGUACUCAAACGCUUAGUUUAGGAUAUUGUGAUACGGGAUCAAAUAGUAAUGCGCGGACACGAGAUCAACAGAUUGAAAGGUUCUUAGAAGCUGAUGACAUAGGUAGUAGUAGUGGCGAGAGUAUGAAAGAAAGAUUUGGUCAAGUGAUGGAAGCGAUAAAUAUGAUUGGACUCUUACCGGAUUGUAUGAGUUGUCCGGUACAUGGGAUAUGUGAGAAAGGCAAGAUUAAAGGAUGCGAGAUGGAUUAUGUGUUGAAGAGAUCUAGGAUAGGAGAAAGAUUUGAAGGAUGGUUACCAAUGUUAAUGCCACCUAGUUGUUUACCUGAUACGGAUAAAUUGAUCAAGAUUGCAGAAAGUGCGAAUGCGAUCAAUCAAGUCCUUAGAACCAGAAGAGGGGAAGUAGUUUGUGGGAUGGGUAUGGGAGGAGUUGAUAUUGCAACAGAAGAGAAAACCAAGGAAAUCAAACGGUUUGGAAUCACUGAAAAUGAAUUAAAACAAAAGGUAAUGAACGAGAGAGGAGUAGAAGAAGAAAUCUUUAAAUUAGCUUUGAAAGAUUUAAUUAAAUUUGAUGAAGUGAUCAGUUUAGAUGGAUGGUUAGCUAGUAAGAAUUUUAAAUCAAUGGAAAUGGGAUUGAAAUGUAGAAUGAAAUUAGGAAUGUAUAAACUUAUCAAAAGAUUUAAAUUGAUUCUUUUAAGUUUGAUUUCGAUGGCUAUUGGUUGGGUUUAUUUGAAAGUGAAAUUAGUUAGAAUUAGUGAAGAGAAGGAAAAAGUGAAAGAAUUGGUAGAAAUUACAUUGAGUAAAUUGAGAGAAGAGUCAUGGGUGCAUCAUACAAACCCAAGUUUAAAACCUAAUGCAUUUAUUGCUUCUGCUCAUUUAAGAGAUUCAAUUCUAUCUUAUGAACAUUCACCUAUUCAAAGACAAAAACUCUGGAUUAAAGUUGAAAAGAUUAUUGAAGGUAAUUCGAAUGUAAGAACCAAAGUUACGGAAUCACGUGGUGAAAGUUUCAAAGUUUGGGAAUGGAUCGGGAGUUAUACUGGCGAUUUGAAUUUAUCACCUAUUGGAAAAUAUGCUUAUCAAACUCCUAGUAGGAAUGAAGGACCAAUUCAUCAUCGAUUAUCAACAGCUAAUAUUGGAGAAGAAAAUGAAAUGAUGAAUACUUGA